UUAUGUCCGGUUAGUUCUGUAUGCCUUUUUCCCCUGCACGGUGUGCAGGUUCGAGGAAGUGCGGAGUCUUUAAUCUGUCUGCGAGCUGUGCUUAUGUAAGCCCGCGUUAGGGUCUUUUGGGAAAAGAUUCCUCUGUGCUGUUUUUGCGUGUAGUGUUUUUACGUUGGACGGCGCCUUGCGGCUCUGGAAGCCCACGCAAACAUGUCCGCUGAAGAAGCGGACAAAACAACGACGACUGAGGCCAGUGCGGGAGACGAGGAGGAGGAAUGGCUGUAUGGCGAUGAGGGGGAAGCCAAGGAAAACGAGGAGGAGGAGGCCAAGCUGACAGCAGCCAUCAGUGCGACCCCUGCACCUCCUGCACCUGUUGUCGAGGAGAUCACCGCUGGCAACGGAGUGGUCAGUCAGGAGGAAGCACCUGGAGAAGGCGAGGACAGUGAGAGUGACAGUGAUGACGAUGACGACGACGUCCGCGUCACCAUUGGAGACAUCAAGACAGGCGCACCACAGUAUGCGGCGUACGGUGCAACACCGGUGAAUCUGAACAUAAAGACAGGCACCAGCAGACCAUACGGCGCAGUUGGAGCCAAGGUGAAGGGUGUGGAUCUCGACGCCCCAGGCAGCAUCAACGGCGUUCCUGUGCUAGAAGUGGACAUGGAAUUAUUUGAGGAGAAGCCCUGGAGAAAACCUGGCGCCGACCUGUCCGACUACUUUAAUUACGGCUUCAGCGAGGAGACUUGGAAGGCGUACUGUGAGAAACAGAAGAGACUCCGCAUGGGUCUCGACGUCACCAUGGGCUCCACCGCCAGCAAGAUCUCAGUGCAGCAGGGCAGGACAGGUAAUGAUAAAGAGAUCUCUCUGCCUGCCCACAUCACAAAGACAGACUUCACCUCCCCCCCCAGCCUCUACAAGACAGGCCUCAACCCGGCCAGGAUAUCCCCUCCACAGUGGGCAGGGCCUGCCACUCAAGACACGCCCUAUUAUACGAAGUCUAGCGGGACCAUUGACGUGAUUGGUGGACAGACAGCCACCAUCAGCAGAGUGGAGGGGCGACGUCGGCACAAUCUGGAGGGAAACAACAUUCAGGUCAUCUCGGAGCACUCUUCAGAUGCUGAGUCCACCCCAGCUAAGAUGCCCACGUUUUUCCCCCCUGGACCAAUCCCACCAACCAUGCCCCCUCCCCCCUUCCUGCCCCCGCCCACUGUCAGCCAGGCUCCACCCCUUCUCCCUCCACCCAGGCUGCCCAUCACAGUUCCACCUCCUGGUUUCCCGCCGCCCCCUGGAGCCCCGCCCCCUUCACUCAUCCCAACCAUGGACAACAGUGGACAUCCCGGAGGAUACGAUUGCCGUCCUGUCGCUCCGUACACGUUCCCACCAGGCGGCUACCCACCACCCAUGCAGGGCCCGGUGAACAACUGGCCCACGGUGAUGGAGAACGCCAAACCCUGGGACUACUACUCCCGCCGCGACAAGGAGCGCGAGAAGGAGCGGGAGCGCGAGCGGCCCCGGGAGCGCGGCCACGACAGGGAGCGGGAGCGCGAGCACAGUCCUUCCUCCAUGGCCUACAACAGUGAUGAGGAGCGCUACCGUUACCGUGACUACGGGGACAGAGGGUAUGAGAGGCAUCGUGAGCGGUCGAGUCGAGAGAAGGAGGAGAGACACAGAGAAAGGAGACACAGGGACAAAGAGGAGGGCAGACACAAGUCAUCACGCAGUAGUAGCAGACGGAGGCACGACAGUGAGGAGGGCGACAGCCACCGCAGACACAAGCAUAAGAAAUCCAAGAGGAGCAAAGAAGGCAAAGAGCCCAGCGAGGAGCGCACAGCCGAUCAGGAGAACCAGGAUGCCAUGGAGUGACUCCGCCCCCUCCGUCUAGCACUGGCGGGAGUUGCCUCAUGCUGUUAGCCUGAUUGGCUGUAGUCCCUCCUGAUCACCAGUCAGUUCACUUUUGCGUUUUAGUUCUCCUGUUUUUUUUCCCCCCCCUUAUUCUUUUUGUUUUUGUUCAAAGUACCAUGUAGAUGUUGAUUUGUUUGAUUAA